CGCUGAGGCGCUCUCCCAUCCUUCUCCGGGUGGAAACAAACGCCCGAAGCAAAAGGCUUUCGACAAAUGCGGAUUUUUUACUUUAAAGGCAGCACAUCGCUCUACAAUACUGAAACACUGGAUAAAACACGAGGGAGUCAUUGAGAACUGCAGAGCGCCCACUCUGGCUGAUUUGCCCGCGUUAUAACGAAUCGGCGUCACAGGUUUAAGUACUGGUUGACAUUGCCGCUCCCACGUGUUCUCUGCAGUCCUUCGGCUCCGGCGUCCGCCUUAAUCCCGACCUCUCGCCCGCUGGCGUCCCCGACAGUGGCGCUGCCCCCAGCCGCGAAAGCCGGUGACUGGGUGAGAAAUCAGGCCUCACUGGAAACCCUGAGCAGAGGUUGGAGAACUACUUCUCAAGAACCAGGAAACUCAUGCUUCAGAAAAGGUGACUCAUAAAUAUACCAAAAGAAUAUGGCUGCACAGAUAUCAGAAUCUGAUCAGAUAAAACAGUUUAGGGAAUUCCUGGGAACCUACAAUAAACUUACAGAAACCUGCUUUUUGGACUGCGUUAAAGACUUCACAACAAGAGAAGUAAAGCCUGAAGAGAUCACCUGUUCAGAACAUUGCUUACAGAAAUAUUUAAAAAUGACACAAAGAAUAUCCAUGAGAUUUCAGGAAUACCAUAUUCAGCAGAAUGAAGCCCUGGCAGCUAAAGCUGGACUUCUUGGGCAGCCGCGAUAGAAGUCCUGGCAGAUGGGACUUUGAGUGGUGGCUGCUGUAGCUGUUGCAGGGGAAUAAGGACCCAUCUGUGGAAUGUCUGGAAGCACUGGGGAACCGUGUGAAUCCAUCUGUCAUACCUAUUUGGCAGUGGAAACCACUGGAAAGAAAAAAUUGCUGCUCACCAGGAAUAAUCACAAUGAAAGGUCUUAUUGUUCAGUGAAAAUAAUAAGAUGUACAUUUGUUGAGGCCUUAAGAUUCAGCAGCUUGGUCACUUCAUUAGAAUGAUAAGCCACUGUUUCUUCAAUUGUGACUGUUAAUUUUAAAGCAAACUGUUAAUCAUGUAAGAAAAAAGUUUUAUUAUUGAAAGUGAAAUAAAUGGAAAUAUCAAUGAGCAGUUGUUCAUAAUAUAUAGAACUAUGUAUUCUGACUGCACUGUGGAUACAUUGAAAUGUUUCUGAAUAAGCAUCAUUCUCCAUGUUUUCUUCUUUAUGUCUGCCUCAAAUUGCUGAUAAAUACAUAAAAGAGUUGCUUGCUAGUCACUGAAAUGCACAACACUUUUCUUGCAUUACAUGUUCUUAUCCUGUCUGCAUUUUCAUGUAUGUUCUGGAAACUUCCCACCUGAGACUGUCUUGGGAAUGCUUCAUUACAGAUUGACUUUUAUGGUCUGGUAGAGUCUGUAUUGUUUUGUAUUUUGUUCAAAAGCUGAACGUCCAACAUGAAUUGUUAUAAGUCUGACAAACAUUUUUCAGUUUAUUGUCAGCUGUGACACAAUGGAAAAACAUGACCAGAGUUCAGGUAGGCCAGUGAAUCCUGAAGCAAAACCAAGCAUUUUCAGGAAAUUCCAGUUUAUGGCUAAGUACACAGAGCAAUUUAGUAAACGUGAGAGAAGUAAUAUAGAUUAAAUACCUGGCUUAUGAAUGAAUUUUAUUACUAGACUAAACUUGUGUUUAUGGGACCAUUAAUUAGCCAUUAUGUUUAAACUUACCAACUGAUUUCUGUUUUAUGUUUUAGGGAAAUGAAAGUUUUAUUUUACUUUUAAAAAAUUAAAAUGGGCCAGGGAUAUAGCUCAGUGGUACAAGUGCCUGCCUGGCAAGCACAAGGUCCUGAGGUUGAUUUCUGGACCAAAAUAAAUAAAAAAGUUAAAAUGUUAAAACAUAUAAUAGUAAAAUAUAUAAUUUGUUGUAGGGGAUACAUGAAAAAUAGGUUGGCUUCAUCUUUUUUUUUUUUUAAUUGGUACUGGGGAUCAAACUCACGACUGCGCACUUGCAAGGCAGGCGCUUAUGCCACUGAGCUAAAUCCCCAGCCCAGUUGGCUUCAUCUUAAAACAACCAAAAAUUAAUUUACUAAAUGUGGAAAACAGAAAUUCAGAUAUUUUAUUCAUUUAAAACUUUGGGUAAUUCCUGAAUAAACUUUGCUAUUUUUGUUUUGUGUUUUUGUUUUCAGGGGGGUUGUUGCUGUUUUUGUGUAAGCCAGCCUAUACAUUAUUUAUUAUGUAUAUUUCACAAAAAUAAUUAAACGUGCAAAUAAGGGGAAUUUUGCACAGCAGUACCUCAGAUACAUUGGUGGAGUAUAUGUUUGAAAGCCUUCAGGAUUUUGCAGCUGCCCGUGUACUAAAGUGGUACUGCCGAGAUGUUCAACCUCUGUUUUUUCCUCUCCUGAAAUAGAUCGGUCAGUCUCAAGCAUAACUUUAAUGUUCUUUUUGGAUUUUAUUUUGUUUUUAUUUUUUGAGAGAGGAUCUUGCCAUGUAGUUCAGUCUGGCUUUGAAAUCAUGUAGCUGAAGCUGGCUGAAAACUUUCCUCAGCCCCAAGUGCUGGAAUUACAGAUGUGUGCCACCAUGCCUGGCUAGCGUAAGUUUAAUACUCUUCAAAGUAUGCGUGGUACAAAUACCAAGAGAGCAAUAAGUGUUAAAAAUCAAAACAUAUCUGUGAGGAGCAGAGUACACAUGGAUGGGGAAAUCUUAAGCUUUACUAGAGUAGAGACAUAGGAUGAACAGUUCAUUACUGCAUUGGAAGUGUCUGUGUUCUCAUUUAGGUAUGUAGGCAACAGGGUAUGAGGUGUUUCUUUUUUUAAUGUAGCUUGCUCUUGUUACUGUAAGAUAGGUUAUCUUUAUAUGUGUGACAAAAUUAAUCAGAGAUAGCCAGGCAUGCUGGUGUGCACCUGUAAUCCCAGCACUCAGGUGGCUGAAGCAGGAGGACCCACACACAAGGCCAGCCUGGGCUACAUAGCAGGAGCCUAUUUCAAAAAAAGAAUUAGAAAUGAAAUAACUGAUGCUCUGAGUAAAGUGAACUUUUUGAAAGUAGAUUCCAUUAUCAGAGAGUUGAAAUAAUUUAGUAUAAUUAAUAACAAAAAAGAUUUAUGAAGUUUGAUUUCUAUAAAAAGGUUUUUUGGGGUUUUUGUUUGUUUUUGGUACUGAGGAUCGAACUCACCACCUUGAGUUUGCCAAGCAGGCACUUACACCACUGAGCAAAAUCCCCAGCCUCUUAAGUAAAGUUUUGUGUUUUUAUCUUUUGGAGAUCAAACUCAUGACCUUGUGCUUACCUGGCAGGUGCUUGAACUGUUCAGCUAAACUCCUAGUCCUUAAAUAAAGUUUUAAAAUGAGUUUGAA